CGCUGUGUUCUGAGCCGUUAAACUGUUUCCCAAAGUCCUUGACAACUGGCCCUUGUGAAGGAGCAACCUGCAACAAGUCACUGGCUUUCCUUUGUUUUUGCUGACUGACAGAUUUCCAUCUGAGAGCCCGAGUUAUCAGUAACACAGGAAGACUGAAGAGACACCAGUAUGAAAGACCAAGAGGCAAUUAAAGUUCAGGAUUUUAAUGAGAUAUUGAAAAUGAGCCAAGAAAAUAUUAAAGUGUUUGACAGUGACUUGUCAGAAGACCGAGAGAAGCGGCAGCACCUGGCAUCUGCUUUUGUUACUAUUCAGAAGUCCUUGAGAGUGGAUAGUGAGGAAUUCCAAAAAUCAAAGUCAGAACUCCUGUGCCUUUAUAAGGAAAUUCAAAGUCUUCCAAGACCUGAGGGCAGAGAGCAGUUUUUAAUAGCAUAUAACCUGCUACAAAGAGAGAAUUCUGAAUUAGAAGCCAAGGUCUCAAAGUUUUCACAAGAAUUGCAACAGUUAGAACAUUGCUCUGUAGGGGACAGAACUGCCAAUUUAAUGACAAGUGACGGCCACAGUGAAGAUCUGGUGUCUAAAGUGCCACUUUUGGAAGGAGAGGUUCUGAGCCCAAGUGAAGAAGGACAGGCACCCUGUUCUGAAUUAGGAGAAAGUAAGCAGGAGGAAAUGCCAGAGGAGUCAGUGAAGGCGGCCACUUUUCCAAGAGAGAGGCAGGAGGAGCCCCAGCAGAAUCGAGACUCGGGAGGCCCUGAACAGCUGUUGGCCAUGGAGCCCAGAGAAGUUGGGAGGCUUGGAGAAGAGCUGAGCCUCCAGUCUCGGAGCUGUGGGGAUAGUUCAGAUGACAGUAGCACCCAGUACCUAACGUCUGGAGAGAGAGCCAACUACCAGCAUCAGGGGGAAGUGCCACAACUGCACCAGAAGCUGCACCGCCUCCAGGUCCUGUGCAGCUCGGCCGAAAAGGAGCUGCGGUAUGAGCGCGGCAGGAGCCUGGACUUGAAACAGCACAACAGUCUGCUUCAGGAGGAGAACGUCAAGAUCAAAAUCGAACUCAAGCAGGCCCAGGAGAAGUUGCUAGACAACGCCAGGAUGCACUCCUCACUCACAGCAGAGUGGAAGCACUGUCAGCAGAGAGUCAAGGAGCUGGAGCUGGAGGGACUCAAGCAGGCUCAGAGCAUGAAAUCCCAGCAGAGCCUUCAGGAGAAGCUGGCUUGGGAGAAAUCCAAAGUGGCCGAUGCUCAGGAAAAGAUUUUGGACCUGCAGCAGAAACUAGACCAUGCUGGACAAGUCUGCCUUUCAGAUGCUUGUGUUUUGCUUAAGAAGCAACUAGAGGAGGAGAUCAAGGAAUCGAAGAGCAGUGAGGCUAGGCUGCAGCAGCAGCUGCAGGAGGAGCAGCAGAGGAGGGUACUCCUGGACCAGGACGUGACUGAGCUCCAGAGGCAAGUGAGGACCUUGCAGGAUAAGGAGGACCAGCGGGAAGCAGCCCGUUCCCAGCAACAAGAGACUCUAUGCCAACAACUGGAAAGUGAGAAGAGGAAGUGUGAGGAGACCACCACAGGGCCACUGCCCCCUGAAGUUGGAGAGACUGACACAGUGCCACAGAGAAGCCCGGGUCCCAACCUGAUGAUGGAGCAGCCGGAGGAGCUGCUGGACAGCAUGUCAGAUUGGUGCGAGGAGCAUCAUGGGACGUCUGGUCUCACCAAGGCAGUGAAGGAGAGUAUAAUUACACUGCAGCAGACAGAAAACUACAAAGACAAACACCACUGCCACAAAGUCAAGCUGCAAAAGGUCAAGGACCGUCUAACUCAUGAGCUAGAAAUACGAAAUAAGAGGAUUAAAGAGCUCGAAGAUGAAGUUGGGAAACUGCGACAAAAAAUUGAAAUGGAGAAGACAUUCCAGGACCAGAUCAUGACCCAAAAUGACAUCCUCCUCCUGGAAAAGAGGAAGCUUCUAGAACAAGUCACAAAUCAAGAAGAACUGAUCUGCAGCAAUAAAUCCACAAUCUCUGCAAUCCAGAGCAAGGUGUUCUUACUGGAUAAAGGAAACCAGCAGUUGCAGGAAAACUGCGUCCGGCUCAUGCAGCACAUCAGUCUCUUAGAACGCAUUAUAAGGAGCAUCCAGACUCGCAGAAAGGAAGAAACAAUGAUCAGUGACAAUGCUGCUUUUGAAAUACUCAGGAAAAUGCUUCCUUUGCAGAGCGCCAGUUUCUCAGGAACAGGUUUGGUACUGUCAGCUGAGAAUCUCCAGGAGACUGAGCUACAUAAAUCAGAAGGGACAACAGCGGUCGUCAAGUCCCCCGAACCUCUUUCAUGUUCACAGAAUUCAGAAAGUGGAUACAUAAAUGUGACUUCUCUGAAAGAGACAUACAGCCUACAGGGGGACCAAAAGCCAGGUCUAUGACAUCACUGGUGUCUAAAACAAUCCUAACUGAACCUCCUAACUCAGAGCAUGGAUAUAAAAGGUGCACAUUGACCUGGAAAAGUCUCACAGAACCCCCGGGACAGCAGCAAGGGGUCUUCAAAAUUGCUGAUCGAACAGUCAUUAAAAACUUUCUAAAAACAGA